GAACAGAAAACGCGCUACACGAGCGAGCAACGGAGGUGUAUGACAAGAUCUCUCUAUUCUGCGCCUGGACUUCCAAACUUUGAAGCGAAACAAAGUCAUAGUAAAAUCAAUUUAAAAAAUCAAGACAAGGAAAGGGAGACCGGUUCAGUGCGUUUCAAGGAGGAUUGCUAACGGAUCACUUUGCACCGGCAAACGAUCACUCACUACUGUGAUCAAUGUUGUUAUAACUCAUGCGCCGCUUUCACACGGCGAAGGCAAUGCGUAAAGUUGCAUUCAGAAGGAAUUGAAAGUUUUCAUCCUGGUGAGCAGAUAAUAGGACAGAGAUGUUCAGUCCAUUAUGGGGUUUCUAAUGUGGAUGUAGAAUAGAAAUCUUGGAAGAGUCUCCGGAUGACCGACACAUUUUGGAUGUUACCUUUCUUUGGGGCUAUUCUCUGAGAUUCCUUAGAGGCGGUUGCAAUAAUAAUAAUAAAAGGAUUCCUUUCAGGUGGCACAUCUGCCAUGUUUGGAUGGAUUUGAUUUUACUAUAACCAAGAUUAUCAAGAAAUUGUUGUAUUUUUUGUGGGGUUUUUUCUAUUAUUGUGUCUGAUCCAAACGACAGCUGACAUUUUAGUACAACCGUACUACUCACCUCCGGAAUUACAAUCAUGAACAUUGGCAGUUUUGUACAAUUAUUAUUUGCAGUGCUGCUUCAGCUUCAUUUGUAUGCAGUAAAGGUGAGCAUUCCAUUUAAAUCGGAGGGGGAUCAGAUGCGUUCGAUGAAUUAGGAAUAGAGUGCUGUUGCAUGUUUCAUUAAUGAGGUGAUCGCCCUUGUCGCUCAACCUCGUCACUUGCUGCUAGGUGGGUAGGCCACUUAUAAUGUAUUCACUUUCUGUAAAUGAUAGGCCUAAUGAAAUAUUUUAUGUCACUGUUGAAUUGUUAAUCCUGACGUUUGACAUUCAUUUUGGUCCUUUUGGAAAAAGUGUCAUAGGCCUAUCCAAUUAACCCUGUAUGUUAUAUUAUUAUUAGGCUAUUAUUAUUAUUAUUAUUAUUAUUAUUAUUAUUAUUAUUAUUAUUAUUAUAACUUUUGCAAAUGCACAAUGCACCCAGCAUUAAUGUCAACACAAUAGUAGGCUAGGCUAAAUCUGAAUUUUGAGUGACCUAAAAGUGAAAUGAGUUGCGUCAUUUCACUAGCCUAAUCCAAAAAAUGUCAUAAAUAUAUUCUCUCAAAUGUUUAUGAUAAUCUGUACAACGUGUAAAGGCUAACAAUGGGCAACCCACCUCACUGUCUUUCAUCUAUAAGAUUACAUCGGCUUCUUUCUCACGCAAUAUUGCAGAGCUAUUGCAACAGUCAACGUCCGGUGAUAACGUGACUGAAGGCUGCUGUAAUGCCAUUUUCCCUCUGCACUUGCCCAAAGGCGGGAAAAUAUUCAAUGAAAUAGGCUAGCUGUCAUAAUAAAGAGGGAAUGUAUUGCAGUCUUGCUGUAUAAUAAGCUAAUGCCAUACAUUGAAGCAUGGCUUAAUUACAUACCAAAAAUGAAUGUGCAUGCAAUUACAUUAUGGAAAUUAUAUUUACAUAAUUCAGGGAGGCAAAACUGCAUUGCCUUUUUAAAACGUGAUGCAGAGCCUACCAUAGAACAAAUUAGCAUGACAUAGGCUAAGACAUCAAGCUUGCUCUAACAACAUGUUGUUGUUUUUUACAGACAGCCCACAUACCCAAGGAAGGGGAGAAGAGUAAAAAUGAUGGUAAGUGCUGAAUGUACAAAGUAUUACAAGUGCAGUAUUGUAGAAGUUUCUUCUCAGUGUUUCCCUUUAUUUUGGGUAUUUGGUGGGUGUAUAGCCACCUAGUGGAAAUAUUCUGAAUCUGAAUUUUCCCAGAACAGACUUUUUCAAGUUUAGGCCUUCAAUGAACAUGAGUUUUUGACACAUUGGCUAUUGCACAUGGCUAUUGCACGUGGCUUUUGUCAUAACACAAUCUUUACAUUGUAGCAAUGCUACCUCUCUAUCAGUGAGUGAGAUAAGAUGGGUAUCAUAUAGGACCCCAUGGUACUCUUGAAGUCUUAGUGGUGAGUCCCUGGGUGAAAGGCUUUACUUGGGACUUUGGAAUUACCAUGAAAGCGUGUCUGAUCCAAAUAGUCUGGUAUAUGUUAACAGACAAGGUUACUGCAUGAAUUCAAGGCCACUGCUAAAUUCAUGUGGCAAACACAUGGUCAGAUUGUAUCAUUUAUAUUGGACAAAGCAUGUCAGCCUCGGUCCAAGGCUGUGUGCAUGGUUAUGUUUGUUUAUUGACAGUGACAGAGUAUGUUUCACUUGUUAGCUGUGUUCAAGGUUAGCCAUGUUAGUCAAUAGUGGACACAGACAGGUUACUCACUGUGAUGCAUUAGGGACUGGUCCUCAGCAGAGAAAACACAGGAAUUGAAUUGGUUUUGUUAUUGUCAGCACAAGGGCAGCGACUCCCUUCCUCUUCUUUGACACCUGUGGGUGGCUUCUGGCCUUCAUUUCUCUCUCUCUCACACACACACACACACACACACACACACACACACACACACACACACACACACACACACACACACACACACACACACAAUCACAUUAAAACAAAUGUUGUUUGGGUACUAGAACUCUGCUAGACAGAGUGUGAAGCAGCAGCUGUGCAGAGAGAGACUGUAGGGCUCCGCUGAGCCAGAUCAGCACAGGGAGACGUGCUGGGCUGGUGACCUUGGGCUGUAGACGGAGACACUCCUGUCACUGGCAGCGAGACAGACAGCCUUUCUCCCCCCACAGGCCUGCAGGCUGGCCUGGCCGUCUCCUCUGAGAGCAGGUGCUGGGAGGUAGAAAGGGAGGUAGUGGACACUGCAUCUGCUGGCCAGGCAGGUCAUCCAGGGGCUAGCAGCAGCAGUGCAUGGUUUGAGAAGGAGUAACAGAGCCAGCUACGGCAGGCAGGCAGUGGUGUGUCAGGAUGUUGUUGUAGCAUUAGGCCGGAACUGACCAGGCCGACUGGUUAAGGGGAGGGCUUCCGGGGGUCACAUGUCAGAGGUGAACCCUGGCACAGCACAGUCUGAGGUCAUGGGCUGCUCGGACGACCUGGGGAUCAGGAGGGGGACGGGGUCGCUGGGAAGCCAGUCUAUAGGAUGGUGGAUGGGGGAUUAUUCUGGGAUGGAGAUGGGUAGGGUUAGUCAGCAUCUGAUGAAUUGUGGGUUGUAUGUAUAUGGCAUGUAGCUUAAACGUGUGGAUGUGAUGUAAUUGUCCCUGUGUGUGGGUUUGAAUGUGUGUGGUGGGCUUUAGACAGCUGUGAGCACGAGCAGGUUUGACAUAAUUUUGUUUUGUUUUGCUGGAGGGACAUUAAGAUCCUUGUCAGAACAAUAGUCUGCGUUGUUGCAUCUGAAGCCAUAUAUAUGUGGCUUUGUUUAUCUGCUAAGCUGGCUUUAGUAAUGGGCACCACUCAGGAAACGAAUGCCUGUACCUUUUGACGACCACAAAGGCACACAAGUACUCUCUUCCACUGCCGAGCGGAACCAGAGCAGAUGGGUGGAUGACAGGGGGGUUCUAGGAAGUAGAGGAGGCAUGGAGAGUUAGGAUAAAGGAGAAAAAAGGGGCACAACUGGGGAAUGAGGGAGGAAAGGAGGAUGAAAGAGAAUGCGAGAAUGCAUUGGAGAGUUUUACUAAGUGGAGAGGAUGGAUGUGCUGUACUCUACAGUAUAGCAGUUUUGUGGUAGGGUUGCCAACUGAUGUUACUGUCUUCUCCUCAAGGAAUCUUACUGUUACUGACAGUUAUCUAUGUCAGAGUGAGGAUGAGAAGGAAGCAGUACUGACGUUCUCCCUCUGCUCUUCCUCCUGCAGUGGUCCCGUUCAUGGACGUGUAUAACAAGAGCAUGUGUCGGACACGGGAGAUGCUGGUGGACAUCUUCCAGGAAUAUCCAGAUGAGAUCGAGCACACCUACAUCCCCUCGUGUGUGGUGCUCAUGCGCUGCGCCGGAUGCUGCAACGACGAGGCGCUGGAGUGUGUCCCCACGGAAACAAAAAACGUUACCAUGGAGGUAAGCUCCAACUCCAACUCUCGCCGGGACCGGCGAACAGGGGAUUUGUUCAACUCUCGCUCUCCCCUCUCACUCUCAUUCCAUCUCUCUCAUAUCACUUACAACCCCCUCUUUCUUCCAUAUCUCCCGGUGUCCUUUCUUUCUUCCAUUCCUCUUCUCACUGGUUUUCUGUGUCUCUGUCUCUGUCUCUCUGUCUCUCUGUCUCUCUCUCUCUCUCUCUCUCGCUCUCUCUCUCUCUCUCUCUCUCUCUCUCUCUCUCUUGCUUUGCUUUGUUUCUCUCUCUGUCCCAUGGAAAAAGUGAAGCAGCAGGGGCCUGGCAUGUCAGCUAUUUUGUUUACACCCUGUUUACGCCCCUGUUUAUGUGGUUGACGUCUCUUUUGGACACAGUCAGGAGGUAGGACUUACUGUUGGCAUGGGCCUAGGGUGGAAAGGAAUAAGCUAAAGUAAUGUGAUACAGCGCAUGCCUGGCUAUGGUGUCGGUCGGUCUUCACCGACCGGUUAGCUAGUGGUCACAAUGGUCAGAGCAAUCACUCACUAAGAAUCUCUGAGGUAGUAAUGUUGCGGCAGAGGAAUUUGGUUUGGGCGGGGGUGAGUGACCCAAGUAAGAGACUACAAACCCCUUUUCAAUGUGAAUUUUAAUGUUUCAUAUUUUAUUUUUCUCUACAGGUAAUAAGAGUGAAACAGAGAGUAUCGCAACAUAAUUUUCAGUUAAGUUUCACAGAACAUCGAAAGUGUGAAUGCAGGUAAGAAUCUUUUCUCAGGCCAAUAAUGAUUUCAGGCUUCACAGUGUUUUUGCUUACUGGUUAAAGGUCCAAUGCAGCUGUUUUUAUCACAAUAUCAAAUAACAAUUAAGUACCUUACUGUGAUUGUUUUCAAUUUAAAUGUUCAAAAAUAAACAAAAAUAGCUUCUUAUUUUGCUAUUACUGUCUCUUUCUUAUUGGUCUAUUAACUAAUUAUUUAGGCCAAAACUCCAUCCCACCCAAACAGGCUGACAUUUCAGGCGGUCUUUUCAAACAGCUCUUACACUAAAAGGACAUUAUUAUUAUUCCAACCUCAUAGUGUGGAAAUAUAUAUAAAACAUAGGAAAAUCAUGUUUUUGACUGCACUGGGCCUUUAAUAAAAAGCAAAAUAUAAAGCUAAAGGUUUUGUUCUCUAUUUUCCUCCUAAUUUCAGACCAAAGCCAGAAGUUAAAGCAAAGAAAGAAAAGUAAGUACACUUUUUGUGUUGUUAUUGUUGAGGUAUUUGUGGGAUGAGGGGAGGGAGUUGUCUGAGUUUAGUUUAGCUCCCACUAUGAUAUUCAAACUGUCAAAACAGCUCUAUCUGCCAGCCCCAAAACAUCUGAAUAUUUUGAUUGACCAGUUUCCCAACCAAUCAUCAUCCCGUUCCCACAGACACCUUAAUUCAACAUAGAGGGCUGGGGCCUAAUCCUCCCGAACCAAUCAGUAUUCAUGUAUUCAAUAUUCCUCAUGUUGAUUGGCCACUGUACAUGCAGAUGAGAUGCAUCCAGCUGGACACUUUGGUACCAGCGACCAUGUGGGGUAGCGCUAAUGCUAAUGCUAAUGCUAAUAGUAACGGGGAAUCUGCAGUAUCUUUUACCCCUGCCGUACUGAGAAGUCGGCAGCUGCCCUGCUCCUGCUGAUAGAAUUGAGUCGAUCAUUUUAAAGGGUGGUGAGAGGAAGUAUUAGGGUGCCUUCUACUAGUGAUAGGGAUUAUCAGCACCUCAUAGGCUCCUACACCGCACCACAUAGCCCUGUCUCUCUCUAUUUAACAUAGCGAGGAAGGGAGGGGAGGUAGAGGCCUAGUUCUCCAUGUUCCCUUCACGCCUCAUGGCGUUAGAGGACUAGCAGCACACCUUGUGGAAAAAACAGCCUCUCUCCUCUAUCUUUACUGGUGCUGAUAAGAGAAUGGAUUAUUUUUUUUUUUUACUUGGUUUGUCCUCCUGCCAGGAUCUGUUCAUUUUAUGGCGGUUGGUUUAGUGCUUUACUGUGCGGCUGUAACAGUUGAGGUAGUUAGCUAGCGCCAGACCACCUGUGACUGGCCGGGCUGUCCAGCAGCCUUCUUCUAAGCUCCAGUUGCUCAAGCCUGACCCUCGGCCCUCGUGGCUACUUCCACAGUGUACUUCCACAGAGACUGUGGUCCUCUGUAGCUCAGCUGGUAGAGCACGGCGCUUGUAACGCCAAGGUAGUGGGUUCGAUCCCCGGGACCACCCAUACACAAAAACAAAAAAUAUGCAUGCACGCAUGACUGUAAGUCGCUUUGGAUAAAAGCGUCUGCUAAAUGGCAUAUUAUUAUUAUUAUUAUUAAUCAUAGCAACAGGUGUCAUUCAGUUAUUUUAUUUUUACCGUUGUAAAUAGUGGAUGAGACAGAGAUGCAGUGGACAUGGUUAGUUACAGGCAGUGUGGAGGGAGGGAAACAGACCGACUGUCAGUGUUGAUGCAGGGAUGUGUGUGUAAGUGUGUGAGACGUGUGUGUGUGUAAAUGUCUUUAGCCACCUCAGCUGCAGCUGGCACGUCAGAGGACGUCCCUUGUUUUAAUUAGAUAAGAACCAUGCAGGGUUAAAGCUCCAUGGAUCAGUGGAGGAGAGAUGGGAUCAUGUUAGCUAGCUGAGAGGGCUAAAUCAAAUCCGUUUGUCAUGGGGUUGAGCUGAGCCUUGUCCCCGUGCUGUGCCACACACACCUCUGCCUGUCACCCAGCACGUAGGCAGACAGCUCACCUCAGCCAGGCCAGGGUGGGGUCAUGGGAAAAUAAUGCCCAUUCAUUCACUCACAUGCAUACUGUACAUAAUACUCUAGACACACACUUGGGGCUCUAUUUAACAAACCUAACGCAAUGUUAAAUCUAUGUGCAGGCGGCAGCGCUAUAGGGUCAGCGGUGUGUCAUAAAUAUGUUUGCUGUUUUCACUAUUACAAUUAUCGGCACACUUGCUGGUGUUGGCGCGAAAGGGCUGGGUUUUGAUAAAUAAACUAGUUGUGGGUGUGUCGAGGCUUGGCCCUUCACUGGCCAAUCAGAACAUGCUCCAUGUGAAAUAUGUGGUUGCUUCAAGUUGUGUAUUUACGGUCUUUUAUGUAUUGACUUGGAAUCAACUCCAAUUCCAAUGUAGUUUGUUAAAUGGCUUACAGAAACUAAAUAACAAAAUGAAGACCUAUCUUUGCUAAAUACGUUAACUUUAACCCAUUUGCAGUCCACAUUGUUCUACGUAAUUGCAUGGCUUCAAUAGCAUUCACCCUAAUAUAGGGGCUAGGCCUACUGUAAAUUGCAUUAUGGCUGAGCAUGGACAUGCCAAACAUUGUCAAUAAGCAAGAUUAAAUUCAUGAUUGAUAAGGCCUACAAAGAGAACCAAUAGUUCUAAUAAAAUUCUAAACAAAACGAAAAAACAACAACUUGUUUUAAAUAGGCUAUGUCACACUUACAGUCACCAUCAUUUCUCCGCAUGGGCAUAUAAUAUUAAAACAACGCAGACAAUGGAGGUUUUUACGCACAUCAAAACUUUUCACAGUAGCUGGAGAAAGAGAAAGAGAAAGGGAUAAUGUUAUACUGCUCCCAAGUAGCCCUAUGUUUUAUGAACAUAAUUGGAACCAUCUCACAGAUCACAUUGCAUUCACACUUCUCAUGUAGUCCCGUGUAGCUCAGUUGGUAGAGCAUGGCGCUUGCAACGCCAGGGUUGUGGGUUCGGGGGGCCAGUAUGGGAAAAAAAUAAUAAUAAUGUAUGCACUCACUUAACUGUAAGUCGCUCUGGAUAAGAGCGUCUGCUAAAUGACAAAACAUUUGAAAAAACAUCUCCAGAAGUUGCAUGCGCGCCACGAACGUUGUAACCAUAAAACCAGGAAGGUGAAUCAUUCUAAUAAGAUUGCUUGUUUUUCUUUUAAUUUUAUUAUAACCCAUCUGUUGUUUUUUUAACAACAACAAUAAAUAAUUGUAAAAUGUAAUGAUAUCAUAAAAUCGGCAGGAUAAAAAUAAACGCAUUGCUGUUGAACCAGCCUUGGUUAUAGUAGGCCUAAGGCAAUAGUUACAGGUUACAGAUAACUUCUAAAUAUGAGGUUCACUGGUGUUCAACAAGGUUCUCAUCUCUCAUUUCAUGAUGGGCAUGACAGUACAUCAUGGAGGGGGUUUUACGCACAUCCAAAAUGGGACCUGCAUGGCUAAAAUAAUGUGGGCCUACCUACAAUGCAUAGAUAAUAAGGGAAUGUCAGCUCACUGUUUUACUCCUCUCAAAUUUUAUAUUUUAAUAAAGCUUUGGUGAUUAAGAUGUAUUUCCAAGCAGUCUCAGGAGCCAAACCCUUUAUCGACAGUCUUGACUACUUUGUGAUUGCACUGGGCAGGACAAAGAAAAGCCUUCAUUGAGAGGAGGGGAGGCUAUGCUUGGUUUUUAACCAAAUAAAACAAAAUGGGAAUAAACAUGAGUUUUUUUAUGUUUCUAUAUACGAAAUAUACAGGCACCAAAAGCACAUUAGGCGACUCUUGUUCCAUGCGCAUAUGGGCAGUGUGCGUCACGGCUGGAUAGGCUACAUUUCCGCUGUCAAAAUUCAUGCCAUAACCAACUGCGUUACCGCUAAAACCAGCUUUUGGUUGGUCUUAAAUAUCCCUACCAGCGCUGCCUGAAAUUAGCACCCCUCCCAUCUGAGCGCAAGCGUGCAGAUAUAAGACAGGUAAAUUACCGAACCUGGCGUUAGGGCCAGAAAAUGCCAGUGCGCUAGUUUUUACAUGACGAAAUUGCAAACUAACGAGCAUUUGACAGUAGCGCCGCCUUAACGCCAGCCGAAAAUCGAACCCUUGAUAUGCAUAGACUGAUUUACACAGGCAACAGUGGAUGCAUUUACAUUUACACAUGCAUUUGCAUUGACACAGACACACACACACACAUUCAAACAGGGAUCGAUCCCACUGCUAAUGAGGAGACUAGAUUAGAAGGGAGAUGCCAGACUUGAUUGAUUGUCUCCUCUUUGGCCUAACCUCUAUUGAUUGACCUCUGUAUGAGUGUCCCUGCCUCCACUUAGGUGUCUUUUCUCUUUUGCCCUGUUCUCUAUUUUCCAUGGGCAAUGACCAUAAAGAGAAAGAAAGAGAGAGACACUGGCACGAUGAGGGCUGAGGCCUAUGCCAGCGCCUCUUCUGCGGCGUGUCUGCACAUGGGCACUGUGUCUCUCUUGAUGGUUGGCUUGAUUUUGGAGGAACUUGUUUGUAUCUUGUAAAAUGCAUACCUCUUUUGGUUUGGCAUGAGAAGGCUUUAUUUUUUUAAAAUAAACCUUCUUUUUUUUGGCGUACGCACCACUAAAGUUGACGUGAGUGAGAACUGUCAGGUAAUGAUGAUGUCUGUAUGUAUGGCUGUCUACCGCCCCCCUCACUAAUCCAUGGCAGCAGGGUCGAUGCCAUGUUGAGUCUACAUGCUGCUAGAGUUUGUUCUCUGUUUCUCUGUUGCCUUUUGUUUUAGACGAUAGACGGAUGGACCAACACUGUUGUCUUAAGUUGCUACCAAUAUAGUGAAAUUAAUAUGAUUAGAUUGUCUUCUAUAAUCCUUACGUUGUGCCUGAGCCUGCGCUUACUCAGCCAAACCAUCAUCCUAAUGUCAUCCUAACAUCCCAUUCAUUUGUGGCGCUCAUGGGAGCAUGUCUGUAGGGUAAUUGUAGUGGGAAAUAGAGGCAGGUUUUGGGAGGGAUGGGUUUUUAAAGAUGGCUGCUCCCUUGUGAGCAUGUCAUUGGAUGGAUCGGGAAGCAAAUGCUAUGUGUUCUGUGUUUCUGCUGUGGACUUUACCUAAUCACAUGCACCUGUUUUGUGUGUCUGUGUGUGUGGCUGUUAGUGUGGAUGUGCGUGUGUAUACAGUAUCAUGUGUGUAUAAGUGCAAAUGUUCUCAUUCAAUGUUGCUUCUCAUAGACCCAAUCACACAUGUGCUUGUCAUGCCAUUAGAGAGGAUGAAUGAAAGAGAGCGAGAAAUUGUGGGUGAAAGAAGAGUGUGUGAGUGUAUGCAAGCAUGAUCAGGCCCAUGUGUGUAGAAAAGUCUUUACAUGUGCUCUCUUUCUAACCCGAUCACAAUGCUCCACAACCUCAAACAAACUUCACACCACCUAGCGGCUGAAGAAGUAUUGAACUGAUGUUGCUCAAAUGUUCAUCCAAUUUGUGGGUGCAUGAGUGUCUGUGUCUGUCUACACCCUUUUUCUGCUGGAUACGCUCUAUAGCUUAGACCUCUCUCUCCCUUUUUGCUUCCCUUGCAGCCACUGUGAGCCUUGCUCAGAGAGAAGAAAGCGCUUGUUUAUGCAGGACCCUCUCACCUGUAAAUGUUCCUGCAAAUUCACACAAUUAGACUGCAAGUCCAGACAACUUGAGUUAAACGAAAGAACUUGCAGGUUUGUUUACGAAAUAUUGCGAUAAACAACGUGACUUGAUCUAUACUCCGUUCACCCACAUCUACAUCCAUCCACCUUUUUGCACUUCUGUCAUUUGUUAGAUUUUUUUUCUCCUGCUGAGAAAUGCAUGCUUCUCACUUGCUUAUAGAAUAUGUUUUUGUUUGUUUGUAUAUGGAAUCGUGUGGGACUAUGUUUGCUUGUAAGUGUGUUUGUAUUGUCUGUUGUCAUGCGUAAUAUUCUGAUACUCAUCUUAACAUCAUCCUUGAUGUUAAAACUGUGACUCUGUAAAGGUAGUAUAUUAUAUUAUAGCUAGCUAGUAUAGUGUAUUCCCUUUGCAUGGUAGACACUUAAACUAGACAAUACACACAAAACAGCCCCUUUCUCCCUUUAGAUUCCCUUUAAAUUAAAGCAGUAUCUAUAUUAUAUACACUAAUUCUAGCACCAAGCAAGGGAAUCUAGGGGGUGGGGUUUUAUGUGUGUGAGACAGUCCGCCCCAUAUUGGGUCAGUCUGUAGUAAUGCCCAUUUAUUCUGACCCACACUAAUCAUCCCACUUAUCAUCUCCCAACAUAGUCUCCUUAUCUCUUUCCCAUCGCUACAUGGAUAUAUAUAACCACCUGCGUAGGAGGGGAAUUUUAGCGUCCAUUGUUGUUUUUAACUGCUACCAGUCUUGAUCACACAAAUAGACAGACAUGUUUAUAAGUCAGCACAGUACAGGACUCAAGACAGAACUAACUCAUGCACGACACUAACACUCAAAGGGGAAGUGUUUCCCUUGGUUCGUAAUUGUGAACGAACAGGCUCUUAAUUGAGUGAAUGUAGAACUGGUGUCCAUGCUACUUGUUUCUAAUGAUCCUACUCAUAACUCCUAUGAGGCGUAGCCCUAAACUCAAUUACUAAUCGAGGAUUAAAACUCCAUCUCCAUUGGUUGCAAAUAACGGCUGUAUUCAGUCAGUGGCCCAAUGGAGAGCUGACUGCUUCUGGUGAAACUCCCACAAGGCCCUGUGUUGGUGACAUCCCUUGACCCUACUAUAUACAUUCCUGACCUUUGAACCUUAGAGGCCCCCCACACGGUGUGCUGGAUUUAGAGAGCCACAGAUGAGUGGGGUGACCAGCGACAUGAUUCCAAUUGGUCAUGGGUCAGGGGAGGAAGAGGGAGGGACUGCAGGAGUUUUUCACAUUUGGGGUGAUGUGAUUGGCUCCAGGCUACACCCCUGCUGGGAGAAUGAUUUGUUGCCCAUCUUCUAACCAACUGUCUGUCAUGUCUUGUCAUCCACAGAUGUGACAAACCAAGGAGAUGAGAUGAGGAGAGGGGGGACACUGAAAUGAAGGAAUAUUUUCUUGGCACAGCACUUUGAAACCUGACGACGCAUUCCCUGGAAGGUCUGAAAAUUGCAACGCAAGAAAGAACGAGCAAGAGAGAGCGAUAGAGAGAGACUGAGAUAUCAUGC